UUUUCUCAUAUACCAACACCACCACUAGAUUCUCCGUCCCUCCCUACGACUCCAUCCCCCUGUUGCCCUACAUCUGCGCCUAUUCUUACCCCCCCGACUCCAGCUCUAUUUCCACCACGACCACGUGGUGAUCGAAACCCACCGGUCUGCAGUCCAUGGCAAAGCUUCCCCUGUUCCAAAAGGGCUCCGGGCGACCUCAGGCCGGACGCACUCGGUCCAAGGUGAUCUGGCAUCGCCUCCUCCGGUCCUUCUGCUACCUGAUCGCCUGGAUCUUCCUGCUUCUGGUCUGCCUGGGCAGUCUCGCCAACAAGCCCGUCCUGCGCGACACCUACUUCCUCGAGAUCAACCUGGCCAAUAUCAUCCCGCUGUCCGUCCCCAAUGCCGACCUGAUCGAUACCAUCGCCCGCUCCAUUGGCCUGCACGACUUUUACCAGGUCGGACUAUGGAACUUCUGCGAGGGCUACCAGGACCAGGGCAUCACCCAUUGCUCGACCCCCAAGCCUCUCUACUGGUUCAAUCCCGUCGAGAUCAUCCUCAGUGAACUUCUCUCCGGCGCAACCAUCGCCCUCCCCGCGAACAUCACCUCCGCGCUGAAGAUCGCCCGCAUCGCCUCCCACUGGAUGUUCGGGCUCUUCAUCACGGCCACCGUCCUCACCUUCAUCCUGGUCUUCCUAUCGCCGCUGGCCGUCUCGUCUCGCCCUCCGCAGACCAUCUCCGCCGACCCGGCCGUCAACCAAUCCCACCCGCAACACCGCCGCCGCACCUUCGUCUUCCUGCGCGCCCUCCCCUUCCUCCUCCUCACCUUCAUCACGGCGCUGUUCACCAUCGUCGCCUCCGCCGUCGCCACAGUCAUGUUCAUCAUCUUCCGCAACGUCUUCACCUCCUCCAGCUACGACCUGAACAUCGGCGCCUGGAUCGGCACCCGCAUGAUGGUCUUCAUGUGGAUCGCCUCCGGCUUCAACCUCAUCGCCUUCAUCCUCCAGCUCGGCUCCUGCUGCGCCUCCUGCUGCGGUGGCCGCAAGGCCCGCAAGCAGCUCAAACGCAACAGCGCCAAUGGCUCCGCCGCUACCACCGCCUCCGUUUCCCCUGUGCGCGAGAAAGAGGAGCACGAGAACGGCCACAGUCCCGCUACUACGGACUAAAUGGGCCGGUCAUCUCUUCUCACCUCCUCUCUUUCAAUCAAACCACCAAUCAGUCAACCUACCUGCACCUACCCCUCUCUCGUCUCCUACAUACACGCCUGCAUAUAUACCCGGGCAUCGAUCUCCGGACUGAACUGACCGUCUACACUUCAUCUCAUCUCAUCAUCUCU